AUGGCCAUCUUGUCCCUCUUCUGCGUGAGCCUGGUUAUUGCGGGGAGUCCCAACGCAUUUUCGUCAAUCUUGUGUUGCUCUUUGCUCAUUUCAGGUGCUUUCGCCGGUUCCAUGCAGGAUGCCAACAUGUACAUGGACGCGGUCCUCCGAGAUCACCUUCCCAACAACGUCCGUUUCCUCAACCUGGACCCCGUGGACGUCCCGGCAUUCAAUGUCAAGGUCGACUCCACGGGUUUCACGAACCGCGACCUCAAGAUGGAAUUCAGGUCCGGAACCCUGUACGGCCUCUUGAGCACUCUGAGGCGCCGCGGGGACUGCGGCGUUCCUGGCUGGCAGGGGGCCAACGUCACCACGGGCUGCUACAUGUCUCUGGACGGCCUUCGUAUCACUUUCGACGGAUCCGGAAAAGGAUACGACAUGAGCGGCAGCAAGAAGGAUUUCAGUAUGGACCUGGUCGUUGAGAAGACCAACGCUUUCGUGGAAGCCACUAGCUGGAGCGGCCGCCCAGCAGUGCUGAAGACCCUGACUGUGACCGGUGUCAACUUCCGCAUCAACAUGAACAAGAGCCUGCACUUGAACAGCAAGAGGCAGAAGAAGUUCGAGAAGGCCAUCAGUCAGGGCGUCCAGAACCUCUUCUUGUGGGUGUUUUACGGUUCUUUCAGGGAGGCACUCAACCGCUCUGUUGCCCGAGUGGCCCUGCCAAGGGCCUAG